CGAGCGAACCGUCCGUCCAUCCCUCCCUCCCUUCCUUCCGCGCCUCCUGCUUCUUUUCCCGCUGGAAGCCGCUUUAUUGCCGCUCGCCGGAGAGCCGCGCUCACUGAGAAUAUAAAUAAAUCCCGAGCGAUCGAAGCAGGCGAGCGCCUCCAGAGUCCGCCGUGUGCCGAGGACCGGCUCCGUCCGUCCGUCCGCCCGCGUCUCCGUCUGCCUCCAGCCUGCUGCCGGACUCCGCCGCUCUGUGGACGUGUAUCGCCGCUGCGCUCCGCUCCGCUCCGCUCCGAUCCGACGAUCCGAUCCGAGCCUCGGACUGGACAUUAAUUUUGCCUUCAGAAGCACAAAGCGCAUGGUGGGAAUUUCUACCCCCUUCCAGUAUCGCACUGAGAAGCGCUCCACCAUGCCCGACUCACCUGCGGAUGUAAAAACACAAUCCAGGUUGACGCCGCCCACAAUGCCGCCUCCUCCGACCACACAGGGAGCCCCCAGGACAAGCUCCUUCACCCCGACCACACUGACCAACGGCACCAGCCUCUCUCCGACGGCGCUCAACGGCGCCCCCUCCCCGCCCAACGGCUUCAGCAACGGCCCGUCCUCCUCCUCUUCCUCCUCGCUGGCCAACCAGCAGCUGCCGCCGGCCUGUGGCGCCCGACAGCUCAGCAAGCUGAAGCGCUUCCUGACCACGCUGCAGCAGUUCGGCAACGACAUCUCCCCCGAGAUCGGCGAGCGGGUUCGCACCCUCGUGCUGGGUCUCGUGAACUCUACGUUAACCAUAGAGGAAUUCCACUCCAAGCUGCAAGAAGCGACGAACUUCCCGCUCCGACCCUUCGUCAUCCCCUUUCUCAAGGCCAACCUGCCCCUCCUGCAGAGGGAGCUGUUGCACUGCGCCCGGCUGGCCAAGCAGAACCCGGCCCAGUACCUGGCCCAGCACGAGCAGCUGCUGCUCGACACCAGCACCACCUCACCCGUCGACUCCUCGGAGCUGCUGCUGGACGUCAACGAGAACGGCAAGAGGAGGACCCCCGACAGAACCAAAGAGAACGGCUUUGACCGCGAGCCGCUGCACCCGGAGCACCCGAGCAAGAGGCCCUGCACGAUAAGCCCCGGGCAGCGCUACAGCCCCAGCAACGGGUUGUCCUACCAGCCCAACGGGCUGCCGCACCCGACGCCACCGCCACCACAGCACUACCGCCUGGACGACAUGGCCAUUGCACACCACUACAGGGACUCCUACAGACACCCCAACUCGCGGGAGCUGAGGGAGCGCGCCAGGCCGCUGGGGAUGCACGGCACACGACAGGAGGAGGUCAUCGACCACAGGCUCACCGACAGAGAGUGGGCAGAGGAGUGGAAGCACCUUGACCAUGUAAGAAAACUGCUGAACUGCAUCAUGGACAUGGUGGAGAAGACGCGCCGCUCGCUCACGGUGCUGCGCCGCUGCCAGGAGGCCGACCGCGAGGAGCUCAACUACUGGAUCCGUCGCUACAGCGAUGCCGAGGACCUCAAGAAGGGUAGCGGCGGCGGCGGCGGCAGCAGCAGCAGCAGUCAGUCCCGGCAGCAGAGCCCGGCCAGCCAAGACACCCCCGCUCCAGAGAUCCACCGGGAGCUGCUCCACAGACCGCUGUCGGGAUACAUGCCCGAGGAGAUCUGGAAAAAAGCCGAGGAGGCCGUGAACGAGGUGAAGAGGCAGGCCAUGUCGGAGCUGCAGAAGGCCGUGUCGGAGGCGGAGCGCAAGGCCCAUGAGUUGAUCACCACGGAGCGUGCCAAGAUGGAGCGCACGGUGGCCGAGGCAAAGCGGCAGGCGGCCGAGGACGCGCUUUCCGUCAUCAAUCAGCAGGAGGACUCCAGCGAAAGUUGCUGGAACUGCGGGCGCAAGGCCAGCGAGACGUGCAGCGGCUGCAACACGGCGCGUUACUGCGGCUCCUUCUGCCAGCACAAGGACUGGGAGAAGCAUCACCACGUGUGCGGUCAGACGCUGCAGGCCCAGGCGCAGAGCGAAGCGUCCGUGGCCGUCAGCUCCUCCGCCACGCCCAGCAGCGGGGUCAGCAGCCCCGUGGACACUCCGCCCGCCGCCACGCCCCGAUCUGCCACCCCGGGCACGCCGGCCACCAUAGAUGCGACCGCGCGCUAGGUGGGCACGAGCCACGCCCGGCAGGACUGCUUCGCCUCCCUCGAUCGAUCAAAGAUUUGAAACUGAUGCUACGAAGAGAGAUGACUGGUCUUGGAGUAGAGACUACGGCAGAAGGCCAAUAACGGGUCAUAUUGACUUGCCAUGAUUAAGAACACAAAGAUAUUCUUUGUUUUUGUUAUUAAUGUCUUUAUUGUUACUCUCGAUAUUAACUGUUGUUGCCAUUGUCGUCGUCGUUGCUAUUUUAAUGCCUGUAAAUACAAGGAAACAAACUGAAGACAGCCGAGAAUUGCAAAUGAGUACAUUUGACCCUCCCCCGUUGUUCUUCUUUUCCAGUAGCUGAGAUGUGAAACUAGUCGACCUCAUUAAUAGAUGCUUUACCCAACAGCAAGUCAAGGGAUAAUUAAUUGCUGUUGAAGAAAAAACUGGUAAUGUUUCAUGUGAUAAAAAAGACACGUUUGUUUUGAACAAUAUGAAUGGGGGGCGGGGGGAGAGCAGAAAAUUUUAAAGAAUAACAACUUUGGAAGGAAGGAAAAAAAAAAAAAACGCCCUCAAGGGCACAAUGCGGGAUGGAGCGCAGACAUUUUUUUUUACCAGGAAGAUGAAUGGCAUCCUUGGGUUACUGACUGAACUCGGAAGGCCCUCGACAUGCCGUGCAGAUGUGCACCAGAUUGGAAAGAAACGCAGAUGUUCCUCCUCUCUUCAUUUGCGAGAGGAGCGUAAUAAUAUCCAGGUCAAUGGAUUGAGGGGCGAAAGCUGUUUCGCAGCGGGACGCGAGCUCGCCGAGGACGGCGGCGCCGGACGGGGGAAGCUACGAUGUUAUAUGUAAUAUUUUCUGCUCCCGGCACAGCCGAGAAGGGGCGCGGGGGGUGGGGGGUGUCGGCCAACCAUCUGUCCCCUUUCAGCUGCGCCUGUACAUCUGCCUGACCAGGUGAGGCUAUAGCAUCCUUGCUUUCGCAUCGAGUCGAACCCGCAGGGCCGGAACGUCGCAGAGGAACCCGACAAUUCUCGGGUUCAAACUCAAGGCCCCCCUCCGACUCGCGCCCGGCCGACCCUCUGCCCAUUUCCUUUCCUCCCCCCCCCACCAGCUAGUUCUCAGUGUGUAAUCACACUUUUUUGUCCUGUGCCGUUUCCAAUAGUGAUUUAUUGUAUAAGUGUUGGACAGUUGUGAUGAUACAUUGUAGUUUAUUCACGGCCACCACUUUAGCCUCCUCAUUCCUAGUCGGUGCAAAGCGAAAUCUUGAGUCUUUGCGAGCUGCUUUUAUAUUUGUAUGUAUUAGUGAUUAGUUCUCUUGUAGUACAAAAAGGAGGAUUUUUUUUGUUUUUUUUUUUUUUUUUUUUGUUGUACUCAAAAGACACAAGCUAUCUCAGCGCUGCUAUGACUCUCCUCUCGGAUUGUUUCUGAGCAUCGGCAUGCUUCAUGGAAUGCUAACAUACAUGUUUUGUACAAGGGAUGUACAUAAAUGUAUUUGCACUGUCACAAUGACUAUCUAAGCAUGCUUCUUUUAGCAAACUUUCGGUAUAGAGCCAUUUCUCACUUAAUUUUACCUGUAGUUUGUGUAUCUGUGAUUUUUUUUUUUUUUUUCCCUGGAAAAAGAAAAAAAAAUAUAUAACAACCCCACUGUAGUAAUGUUUGGAAUUUAACACCGCAUAAGGUUUUUACAUUUUUUUGUUUUUCUUUUCUUUCUUUUUUUUAAAUUAAGGACAGUGCAUGGACAUUGCUGAACGUUUCCUAAGUAUUGUUGUUUUUCAAAAAAAGUUUAAAAAAAAAAAGAAAAAAAAAAACACAAAGAAACGAAGGUUCCAAAUGCAGAGGUGUAGAUAGACAGCUUUAACAGUGCUGAACGCCAGGUAAUACAGUAUUACAAAUGACCUAAAACACGGAAGUCAGCCAAAGACGGACAUGAAGGACCAAAAUCGGAUUUUAUUCAACUCAAAAAAAAAAAAAAAAAUAGAUGCUCAAGUGCACGACUAUUUUUUUUUUUUUUU